AUGGCCACGCCAGCGAUACCACCGGCUCGAAUAGGACGGGAUGUCUCACGCCGGCUAAUCAACCAUCCCGAAAACCUAAACGGUUGCUCCUGCGGUUGUAUCUGUGGCCAUGCGUACCAGGAGGUGCCAUACCACUGCGGCGAUAAGACCACAAAGUCCGGCAAAAGUGGUUUCUGUAAGACUCCGGCUCCGAAAGCCAUCGUCGCGACGCCGCGGAUCAACAUCAAGUGCAGGCUCUGUUGA